AUGCACGUCCUCGCGCGCGCGCUCCUGUGGCAGCUCGUCCUGCUCGCGGUGAUGCUCCGAUGGCGCGCGCGAAAGGGCGCGCGCGCGCGCGUCGGAACGCCCGCGCCGGCGACCGCGCCGUCGUCGCCGCCGCCGUCGUCGCGCUGCGUCGACCGACUCGAACGUCUGAACGGCGCGCGGACCGCGCUGUGCGCGCUCCCGCUGUCGCCGCUCCGGCGGAUCAACGCGCAGACGGAUUUCUGCGAGCUCGGCGGAGGAGCGGGGGUGUCGCGCUGA